CACUGAGUCAGUGCUGCCUGGGCCUCGGCAGCACGACGAUUACCUAGUCCAAAGCACUCCCUCGCGACAUACAUACCACGCUCGCAACUCAUACGCGACACCUAAUCGCGGUCGAGCUCUCGUAGCCAUGUCUUGGACGUCGCUGCCAGGGUCUAUGACCCUCCUUGACAAGUUGUCGCUCUCAUGGCUGGUGCCCCUGUUUGUGUGCCAUUGGCUCAUCAACUUCAUUACACGAUGCAUGCCCGGCGCCUCUCCCCUGCACUGGCGCCAGAAGCUCGCCAUCUCCCACAUCCAGUCCCUCCGCCGGUCGCUCAACCCGCGACAGCUCUUUGCCCUGUCGAGGGCGCGGCUCACCGGCGAGGCCAUCAGAGCCUACUGCCACGCCCGCGGGCUCCCCUACGCCGCAGUCGCCGUGACACUGCAGCCCGAGGAAGCGACAGCGGCGGCGUCGCCUCAUAACGGCGGCGGUAGCGCUACCGUUGCGGUUCCGCCUCCGGUGCUGCACGUCGUCACGCUCGCGAGCGCGGCGCCUACGCGGGGGCCGACGCUUCUGUACGCCCAUGGGGGAGGCUACCUCAAUCCGAUACAGGCAAGGGGGCACGUCCCCCUCGCGCUGCGGUGCGCGGCCGCGUGCGGCGCUGGGCGCGUCGUCUUCAUCGAGUAUGCGCUGAGCUCGGAGCAUGGGUACCCGGCGCAGCUGGUGCAGAUGGUCGCCGCGGUGAAGUACCUGCUUCGAAGCCGCGGUGCUGCUGGUGCUGAUGAUGAUGAUGGUGGUGGUGCCGACAUGGUGGACGGCGGCGGCAUCGAGCCGGGAGAGUUGGUCCUCGCGGGGGACAGCGCGGGCGGGCACCUCAUCGUCAGUCUACUCGCGCACGCGGUCCGCCCGUCGCCGUAUGCGCCGCCGUUGACGGAGCUAGGCGGUGAUGGCGGCAACGGGCGCAAGCAGCUCCGCGCCGUGGUGCUGCUCUCGCCGUGGGUGACCAUGCAGACGAGCGACGCCUCCUUCGCGGCCAACGGCGGCUACGACUACCUCACCGCGCAGCAGGCCGACACGUUCAUCCGGCUAUUCCGCCCCGCGGCGGGCGAGCUGUGGGCGUGUCCCGACGGGGAGGGCGCGGCGGAGCUAUGGAGGGCUGCGUUUCCCCGGCCAUCAUCAUCAUCGUCACUAUCAUCGUCGGCAUCGGUGGAGGUGGCGGUGGCGAAGAAGAUACUCGUCACGGUGGGCACGGGCGAGACGCUGCUCGACUCGUGUGUCAAGUUCGGGAGGGAUAUGCUUGGCGCGGAGACGGUUGUCCUGGACGACGUGAUGGAGAAGGAUGGGCGGGUGGCGGCGGCGGAUGGCUUGGAGUCGGAGGUGGUGUUGACGGUGGCACGGGGGGAGGCGCAUGUUCAGCCGGCGCUGGACUGCGCGGUGGGGUAUGAGCAUGGGGCGACGAUGAGGGCUAUCACGACGUUUCUCAAGUCUACCUAGGCGUCGGCGCGGGAGCCCGUGUAACACACCUCGGGCGCUUGAGAGCCAAUAACCACUUCAACAUUAGGUCGACUUGAAACGCCCACAACAUACAAUUUACGUGCAUGGCGGCGUCUCGGCAGCUCCUGAGUGUUGCCUGGGCGCUUAGCUUGACGAAUAAAUGGAUCUGGUAGGAGC